CAUUACAAAAAAUGUCACGACGCUCUGAAAAAGCGUCUGAUAAAUUUGUGUUUUUUGCCAACGAAAGUUAUUUUAUUAUCCGUUCUCAAUUUCUCUUAUCUUCAAAAUAAUAUUCAAAUUUUGUUAUUAAAAGUAAAAAGAGAAAAAAAUGGCUAAUCGAAUCCGGUCGGAAUCACCAUCAUCUGUGAAAUCGAAAGAAAAAGACAGAUCUCGCAAUAGUGCACGUAAUCGAGACACUAAACGCCGUGGAUCAGUAUCAAGCAGCAGUGGAAGCUCUUCGGAUAGUAGCUCAUCAUCUGGGUCUCGUUCAAGCUCCACAAGCUCAUCAUCUUCAUCAAGUUCAAGUUCCUCGUCGUCAUCAAGCGAUCAUCGUGAUAAGCGAGUAACAUCCAAUCGAAGUCGUAGUGGUUCUGAACGAAGCGCUGGUUCUAAAGAUAGAGCAAGAUCUAAAGCACGUAAAAGUGUGGAUAGAGAUCCAAAAAAGCAGAAGGAUCAAUCGGCUUCACGUUCAUCUCAUUCCCGCAGCCGUUCCCGAUCGAGAUCACUUCGAAAGAAACGCGAGCGAUCACAAACACCCAAAACAACUAAAAUUGGUCCACGCAUCCAUUUGGGACGUCUUACACGCAAUGUUACAAAAGAUCAUGUUCAUGAAAUCUUUAGUAAUUACGGAACCAUCAAGUUCAUAGAAUUCCCUCUUGACCGUUUUCAUCAAAAACAUGGCCGUGGGUUUGCUUACGUUGAAUAUACCAACUCCGAAGAUGCUGAAAAUGCAAUGAAACAUAUGGAUGGUGGUCAGAUCGAUGGACAAGAAGUUACAGUAGCUCCGAUACUAAUGCCCAAACCAAGACCGCAGCCAAUGCGACGUAUGUCUCCGAUGAGACGUGUAUGGAGAAGAUCGCCACAAAGAUUCCGAAGAGGAGGUCGAUCACCACCACGAAGAAGAAAUUCGAGGCGUCGAUCUCGUUCUCCAGUUCGUCGUCGUCGUAGAUCUAAUAGUUCGGAUAGCUCCCGUUGAUAUAAUCUGACUUGCUUCAAAAAAUGUUAACACUUUCAAAUUGAACUUUUGGUAUUAGAUCUACAGAUAACAGAAGCGAAAAAGAAUAAAAAUAUUUUAGACCAUUUACAUUUUUUUUCGAAAUAUAUCCAAUGGUAAGAUAAAUCAAAAAUGAUGUCACUGUAUAUCUCUCUUUUCUUCCAAAUAAUAUUUAAACAAGUAGUUUUGUUCUUACAACAUAUGAAAAAAAAAAAUCAUUUUCAGCUAUUAUUUGGAACAAAACGACAGUUAUUUUUUCACGGCAACAAUAUUCAAUAAACAUUCAUUUUGGUCUGUCUGUAUGUUUUUACAUUAUUUUGAUGAAAAAUGAUUCCGAUGAUGAAAAUUUCGCCCAUCAAAUUCUUGUAACUUUUGAUUUUUAGAACAUACAAUGAAUAAAUAAAUCAGCACUUCUUAUUUCUGAC